AUGCCUGCCAACGGUUUCGGCCUUGGUAUCUCCCAGGCUGCUCCUGCUCGUAACGUGCACCUCGACGAACUCUUGGCCAAGCUAUCUGAGCAGCAAAUCCUUCUCAACAAGCAGAGCACUGCUCUUCACGCUCAGCGUGCUGGUGAGACGUCUCCAGACUCUUCUGGCUCUGGUGCCCUUACCAACCCUUACGCCGCUACACCUCACACUGACAAUCAAUUCAACGACAUCCUUCAAGCUGACAUGGCUGAGAUGUUGCGUCUCAAGAAGGAGCUAGAGACUGCUCAGACUCAGAUUGCUCGCAUGGAUCAGGAGUUGUCUCAGUCUCGCAUCACCAAGCACACCCUUGAGCAGGCCAUGGGCUCUCAGUUCGACUCGGACUUUGAUCACAUCCGUGACCUUCGUCCUCAGGGUGUCGCUGCUCGUGUCGACAACUGGGUCCAGUCGACUGAGCCAGGUGUUCCUCCCAUCACCUCUAACGCCAACAUCAAUGCUGCUCACUUGGCUCCUCCCGCUGCUCGCGGUAUCUGGGGCUCCGCACCUUCCUUCGGCCCUGUCGGUGCUGGAGGUCCCAAUGGUCCUGGCGGUCCCGGUGUCAUCGGUCAAGCACUCAACAACACUAACAACUGGCCCCUUACCGAUCCUCGUCUCAUGUCUGGUGCUCGUCUGGAAGCUACCAAUGCUAACAUCGAGCCUUCCUCCGCUGAGAUGUCUAUGCGCGGUGCUCACAGUCGUCCAGCUUCGGCUUUCGGCAACCACCUUCACCCUUGGAGCCAGUUCAGCCCUAACAUCAACGCAUCUGAGCAGUCCGGCAUCACUCCACCCUUGACACCACUUUCUCUUCAGUCGAUGCAGAACAUGCAUAACAUCACCGGAAUGCCUCACCCUAUGUCGGACCAGGCCCUCAUGAACAACAUGUCCUUCGGUUCCAGAUCCAACAGCACCAGAUUGUCUCCCACCGCCGCCGAGUUCCAGGCUGGUGGUUACGGCAGCACUGGAUGGGCCAUUGGCCACCAGCCUGGCAGCUACCUCACCAACGCCGAGCCCAUGAACUACCGUCGUCUUCUGGACCGCAACAUGAGCUGCAACUGGAAGUACAUCGUCGACAAGAUCGUCCACAGCAACGACCAGCAGGCAUCUAUCUUCCUUCAGCAGAAGCUCAAGGUUAGCACCCAGGAGCAGAAGUAUGAGAUCGUCCAGGCCAUUAUUGAACAGGCCUACCCUCUCAUGAUCAACCGCUUCGGCAACUUUCUGGUUCAGCGCUGCUUUGAGCAUGGCACUCCCGAGCAGAUCAUCGCCAUUGCCCGUGCUAUUCGCAACAACACCCUCAACUUGAGCAUGGAUCCCUUUGGCUGCCACGUUGUUCAGAAGGCUUUCGACAGUGUGCCUGAGGAGUACAAGGCCAUCAUGGUCCACGAGCUUCUGCGCCGCAUCCCUGAGACGGUUAUUCACCGUUACGCCUGCCAUGUCUGGCAGAAGCUGUUCGAACUCCGCUGGAGCGACACCCCUCCUCAGAUCAUGAAGUACGUCAACGAAGCUCUCCGCGGCAUGUGGCACGAGGUUGCCCUCGGUGAGACUGGCAGUCUCGUCGUCCAGAACAUCUUCGAGAACUGCCUUGAAGAGGACAAGCGUCCCUGCAUCAACGAGGUCCUUGCCAGCAUCGACGUUAUCGCCCAUGGUCAAUUCGGCAACUGGUGCAUUCAGCACAUCUGCGAACACGGCGCCAUUCCUGAUCGCAACCACGCCAUUGACCACGUCCUCCGUUUCGCUACCGAGUACAGCAUGGACCAGUUUGCCAGCAAGGUUGUCGAGAAGUGCCUCAAGAUUGGCGGCACCGAGUUCCUUGACCGUUACCUUGACCGUGUCUGCGAGGCUCGCGCUGACCGCCCUCGUAUGCCUCUCAUUGAUGUCGCCGGUGACCAGUUCGGAAACUACUUGAUCCAGUACAUCCUCAGCCACGCCGAUGCUCAGCGUCGCGAGGUCGUCGCGAGCCACAUUCGCAAGCACAUGGUCUCCCUUCGUGGCUCCAAGUACGGUUCCCGUGUGGCUAUGCUCUGCAGCAACCCUGCUGUCGCCACCCGCCCUGGCCCUCCUACUGGCAUUUCUAUGGGUCGUAGCGCUGGCGGCUUCGGUGAGCGCCCCUACAACGGCGCUCGUGGCUUCCCCUACGGCGGAGGCUACCGCUGA